AUGGCACCCCGCCUGACACGUAACAGCGCCAGUAGCCGUGAGGGCACCGAGCAGGCCGAAAACCACGACAAUCGUCACGAGGAAGCGUCCGACGACGAUCAAGAUGAGGCCUUCUUCGAUAAAGAAGGCGGAGAUGGCGACGGAAAAGGAGGCUCUGGCUCUUCCGAUCCUGACCCUGAGCAAGAGGAGGAUACGGCAGAGAAGCCGAAGCCCAAGAAGAAGGUCGCCAUCAACGACAAGAAGCCUGUCGAUAAGCGCAAGCCCAUUGAUCCCUUCAUCAAGGAGAACGCGCGCGCCGCAGUCCGUUUCAACGAAGAUCGCUACAAUGCCCUUUGUCCGGAUGAGGAACGUUCCCGCGGCAAGUCCACUCUCCUUCGCAAGAAGUCUCUGUACCACAUGCAUCACCAGCUCAAAUCCCCCAAGGAGGCGUUGGCCGAUGCUAUAGCCAAGAACACUGACGACGAAGACCCAGAGUUGUCCUUCGAACUGUUCACGGAAUACAUCACCCAGAUUGUGGAGGACCCAAAGACCUUCGACGUCCGCUUGGCCCGGAAGGUUCUUAUCCUCGAUUUAAAACAAAAGAUGGAAGAGUUCACGGAAUUAUUCAUUCGCAACUCUGUUCCCUGCGUCUCCUACCAAUCUCUUUUACCCUCAUCGAAUAUCCCCGUCUCCGACUAUUUGAACGAAGACAAAUUUACCGAGUUGUGCAAUAGGGAUCCCCAGGCCAUGUUCCAGGAGUUCAAGUUGCUGUCAAUUAUUAGCAUGGCUCGCGCCGAGCAGGUGUCUGGAUUGCACCGUCUCGUCUCCUUCCUCAACGAUAAGCUGAAAACCGUUCACGAUUGGGUCCCUGCUCUGGCCGACGAGUACGACCAGGAGAAGCCCGGCCCCGACACUGACCCCGCGAUGGUCCAACAGCUGAAGGACUCUCUUGUCGAGAAGGACAAGAUUAUUGAGGGCCUGAAAGAUCUCAUUGCUGACCUGAGUAUCGGCAAAGGGGUGACCAGGAACGAGAAUAAGAUAAAGGCCAAGGAAACGGUGCUCCCCAGCAUUGAGCGGGACGCCAGCGAGGCUCCCCUUCGGAUUUCUACCUGCUUCUCGACCUUACCCCCCGAGAUCGACCCCGAUGACGGAGAGCGCUCUAGCUCCCACCACCGUAGCAUCAAGCAAGCUGACCCUGCCAGGUAUCACAAUUAG